AUGCAGUGCUAUACGGAGCUGCUGCCCCCCACGGGGGUCACUCAUGCAUUGGCGGUGCCCUUCACCUCAGCUACCGCAAACAACCUGAUAUUGGUGCGGUCAUCUUUACUGCAAGUAUUUUCUCUGCUCAAACCCUCCGGUCAAACACAACGCGAAGUCUCAGAGACCCACUCAACAACACCUCAACGGUCCGAGGCGAAACUCAUCCUCGAGAAGGAGUAUCAUUUACCGGCCACGGUAACGGAGCUGAGCAAAGUCAAGACUUUGAACACCAAAAGUGGCGGAGAGGCCAUCUUGCUGGCGCUUCGCAAUGCGAAACUCUCCUUGAUUGAGUGGGAUCCCGAGCGCCAUGGAAUAUCCACCAUCUCCAUCCACUACUAUGAACGAGAUGACCUGUCUCGAAGCCCUUGGGCACCGGAUUUAAGCCGCUGUGGUACUAUGCUCAGCGUGGACCCGAGCAGCCGUUGCGCAGUCUUCAAUUUUGGGAUUCGCAACCUCGCGAUUUUGCCGUUCCACCAAGCAGGAGAUGACCUAGUGAUGGAUGAUUACGACUCGGAAAUUGACGGAGAACGCCCUAGCCAGGAAUCUGGAAAUGAAGAACUUGCAGAAAGGAACAAAGACGGGCCCGCACAUCAAACGCCCUAUGCGUCUUCGUUUGUCUUAUCUUUGACGGCCUUCGAUCCUUCAUUACUGCAUCCAGUCAGCCUUGCAUUUCUUUACGAAUACAGGGAACCGACAUUCGGUAUUUUGUAUUCCCAGGUCGCCACAUCGAGUGCCUUGCUCCACGAGAGAAAAGAUGUGAUGUUCUACACCGUCUUCACUCUAGACCUAGAGCAACGAGCUUCUACGACUCUGCUCUCUGUUUCAAGACUGCCGAGUGACUUAUUCAAAGUAGUAGCCCUUCCACCUCCCGUGGGAGGUGCUUUACUGCUUGGAUCCAACGAAAUUGUUCAUGUGGACCAGGCUGGUAAAACGAAUGCAGUAGGCGUGAAUGAAUUCUCUCGCCAGGUCUCAUCGUUUUCAAUGAGUGAUCAGUCCGACUUGGCUUUUCGUCUGGAAGGCUGCGUUGUCGAGCGUCUCGGCGGAGACAGUGGUGAUCUUCUUCUCGCCCUUGCUUCUGGGGAAAUGGCAUUGAUCAAAUUUAAGCUCGAUGGACGUUCGGUCUCAGGCAUGGAAGUCCUCCCUUUAUCAGACCAGGCGGAGCGAAAUUUUUUAAAAUCUGCCGCUUCAUGUUCUGCAUGUUUCGGUGAUGGCAACAUCUUCAUCGGCAGCGAGGAUGCGGACUCGGUACUUCUUGGAUGGUCUCAUUCGUCUGCUUCCAUGAAAAAAGCACGAUUGGAGUCAGGAAAGGGGGGCGAUGGCCCGGGACAUCUGACGGAGGAUGACCAUAUGGAUGACGAUGACCUUUACUCUACAGCACCAGAGAUGAUCCGAGCCGAUCCACGCACAGUCUCGGAGAAUAUAACACCGGAGUAUUAUCAUUUCAAUCUAAAUGAUCGCCUCUCUAGCCUUGGUCCGCUCCGUGACAUCACCAUGGGCAGGUCCUCGUCGGUCACACGGAACCAUAAGCAGGGCCAAAACGAGGACAAGCACCAGAUGCAGAUGACCAACGUAAAAGCCUCCGCCGAACUUGAGUUAGUCGCAGCACAAGGCUCUGAUCAAGCUGGCGGCCUGGUUGUCAUCAAGCGCGAAAUCGAUCCCCAGGUGUCAAUUUCAAUGAAAAUUGACGACGCCGAUGCAGUCUGGUCUGCUACCAUGACGUCCAAGAGGGCAGCCCCUAUGGAUUACAGUGACUCAUCAGAGAGCAAUAUUUCUCGUCAAUAUGUGAUUAUAUCCCGCCCGACGGAAGCGGAAAGGGAGACCUGCGAGGUAUUUGUGGUUCAAGGAUCAGAGCUGAAGCCUUACAAAGCUCCUGAUUUCAAUCCAAAUGAAGACUACACACUUGAUAUUCAACCACUGGCAGGGUCCACUCGCCUCAUUCAAGUCCUACAGAACGAGGUUCGAAGCUACGAUUCAGAAUUGGGAUUGGCACAGAUUUAUCCCAUAUUUGACGAAGACACUGAUGAAGAGCGCGUGGCUGUCAGCGUGAGCUUCGUGGACCCGUUCGUGGUGAUUUUGAGAGAUGACGCUUCUUUGUUACUUCUUCAAGUGGACGAAAGCGGCGACCUUGAUGAAGUUGCACUCUCCGAUGAGAUUUCGGGCUUACAAUGUCGCUCGGUCUGUCUCUACAAUGAUAAGAAUCAGACAUUCACCUCAGCGCCGAACACUGCGGAUAGUGACAGCACGCUCCUUUUCAUACUAACCUCGGAAUUCAAAAUCUCGAUAAUUCGUCUCAGUGAUAUGAAGAUACUGUCUGUCGUCGAAGGUAUUGACAGCUUGCAGCCCGUGCUGUCGGUGGAACCGCCACGGCGGUCAAGCACGAAGGAAACUAUCAAUGAAGUGCACGUCGCCGAUCUCGGUGAUCGCUGGGCCAGUUCGCCCUACUUGAUCGCUCGAACCGACCACGACGACAUUAUUGUCUACAAGCCAGUCGCGAUCCCCACCGGAGCUGGCGGCCAGUCGUUGCAAGAGAUUCGGUUCUUCCGGGAAGCUCAUCACAGCCUUUCAAACGUAACUUCGAAAACACCAUCGGAAGAUACUCAGAACCGGGCAAGACCACUGCGCAGCUUACCUGAUAUUUCUGGAUUCAGUGCGGUUUUCUUGCCGGGUAGCUCCUCUGGUUUCAUUCUGAAGACAGCCACUAGCUCACCACAUUUGGUACAUCUCCGCGGGGACUUUACAAGGUGGCUGAGUAGCUUUGACUCGGCGGAACUUUACUGUGAGAAAGGCUUCAUAUAUGUCGACUCCAGACAUUGCAUCAGAAUCUGCCAAUUACCGACUGAUACUCAGCUGGACCAUUCAUGGACGUUCCGGAAGGUGCCUCUGAACGAGCAAGUUGACUUUCUGGCCUAUUCCACCACAUCGGAAACAUAUGUCGUCGGAACUAGCAGCAAAGUGGGAUUCAAGCUCCCAGAUAACGACGAGUUGCACCCUGAAUGGCGCAAUGAAUCCAUCGACUUUCUCCCCGAGGUUCCUAAGAGUUCUAUCAAGAUGGUCAGCCCAAAGUCAUGGACUGUCAUUGAUAGCUACCCGCUGGAUUCAGCGGAGUAUGUGACAGCGGUGAAGAAUGUCAACAUGGAAGUCUCGGAGAAUACGCACGAGCGCCGAGAUCUCAUUGUGGUCGGAACAUCCAUUGCCAAGGGUGAAGAUAUUCCGGCGCGUGGAUGCAUCUACGUUUUCGAUGUGAUUGAAGUAGUCCCCGAGCCAGAUCGGCCUGAAACGGGCCGCAAGCUGAAGCUAAUCGGCAAAGAACUUGUCAAGGGAGCCGUGACUGCGCUGUCCGGAAUUGGCGGCCAAGGUUUCGUUAUUGUGGCUCAAGGUCAAAAGUGCAUGGUUCGAGGCCUCAAAGAAGAUGGCAGUCUCCUCCCUGUGGCGUUCAUGGACAUGCAGUGCUAUGUCAGUGUGGCGAAAGAACUCAAGGGAACGGGAUUGUGCAUACUGGGAGAUGCAAUGAAGGGUCUUUGGUUUGCAGGUUACUCGGAGGAACCCUACAGAAUGUCUCUUUUCGGCAAGGACCCGGAAUACCUCGAGGUAGUCGCCGCAGACUUCCUGCCAGACGGGAACAAAUUAUACGUUCUAGUUGCCGACAGUGACUGCAACCUGCAUGUGUUGCAAUACGACCCCGAAGGUGUGUUCUACACGAAGAACUUUAGCCCCCUGAAAGACCCCGCUGAUCAAAUUCUUUGCUUCUGUCAUCCAGAUCCCAAGUCAUCCAAUGGAGACCGUUUGUUGAACCGGAGCAAGUUCCACACGGGCAAUUUCGCCUCGACAGUCACCCUCCUACCUCGCACGGCUGUUUCUUCGGAGCUAGUCGAGACCCCGAGUGACGAGAUGGAUAUGGACGAUACACUCACCACUCAUCAAGUCCUGAUCGCCUCGCAGAAUGGAGCCCUGGCACUGGUCACAUCUGUCGCAGAAGAAUCAUACCGUCGACUCUCGGCGCUACAAUCUCAACUCACCAACACGCUCGAGCAUCCCGGCGGAUUGAACCCGCGGGCUUUCCGAGCCGUCGAAAGCGACGGCGCCGGAGGCCGGGGCAUAGUAGAUGGAAAUCUAUUACGACAAUGGCUGAAUCUGGGGAAGCAACGCCAGGCUGAGAUCGCCGGGCGGGUCGGCGCGACGGAGUGGGAGAUCCGAGCCGAUCUCGAGGCUAUCGGCGGAGAUGGGCUGGGGUACCUUUGA